AUGCAGCACACUGGAUAUCAUAGAAGCGCGGUGGUCAUGAUGGCGGUCCCAGUACAAGGACGGAUUCCUCUCUCUAACCAGACCAAUCUAGCUCGCGAGCCUUAUCACAAGACUGGACCUCAACUCCUGACACCUCGAACUAAUGAACGACAUUUUGUGUCGGAGUACGGGUCCGAAAUAUUGACGUACUUUUUGGAGGUCGAGCGCGUUGUUUACAGCGAGAGAUUAUACAUGGAUCGUCAGUCAGAGAUCACUGAUCGGAUGCGGAAAAUCCUGAUAGAUUGGCUGAUUGAUGUUAUCACAGAGUUCAAGCUUCAUUCCGAAACGUUCUAUCUGGCCGUAGAUAUCAUCGAUAGAUUUCUUUUUUUCUACAAUAUUCCGCGUACCAAGCUACAGCUGGUGGGCAUUACAGCUGUUUUAGUUGCGGCUAAGCACGAGGAAAUCUGGCCGCCAACAAUGAAUGACUGUGUCGCUGUGACAGCUAACACGUAUACCACAAGGGAGGUUAUCGGCAUGGAGUUUGACGUUGUGACUGCCCUUCGGUUCAAGUUCACUGUUCCCACGACGUACCCAAUAGCUUGUCGACUCUUGGAAAGCUGCCACAUGUCGCCAACAGUGCGUCACGCCACGUUUCUGUUUUUGGAGAGUGCUGCCCACUGCUAUCCACUCCUGCAGUUCCUACCGUCACGUAUUGCGGCAGGGGCUCUUCUUCUUGGAGCGUUUUUGAUUCGCCACAACACGUCACAGGAUGCGAUUCCACUCCAACGUCUAUGGGAGAUCGAAGUAUACCCAUUUGCCCACGGAAUUAGAUUUGAGGAGGUUCAGCCAGUUACUGAGCAGCUUCUCCCGUUCACUCAGCGCUUAUGCUCUGGUUCAUCUCGUCUUCAGGCCGUGCGACGCAAAUACUCUUCUCACGAGUACGACUGCGUGGCUGCAUUGGAAUUUCCUUUCGUUUCAACCUCUGCGUAA